UCACAUGACGCGUUUUUCUUUUGGUGACAAUAGUAACUAAAAAAAAGUAUAAUACGACUCGUGGGGGAAGGAAGGUUUAACAAGUUUGAAUUGUAAAUAUUUAUAUCUCUCUAUCGAUUUCUUAUUGCUUUGCUGUUAUUAUUUCAUUCAUUUAUAUGUCUUGUUCAUGGUCAGUUGUAUCGUACUAAACUAAACCAAUUACUCCUACCUUCCAAUUCUUUUACCUCAUCAAAAUAGCAACUUAAUCCAUUCCGCAACUUCCUUCUGUAGCAGCAUAAACUUAUUUCAAUCAUUAUGAUUUCAAAUACAAUUGCAGCCAAGAAUCCAGAUUUAGAAAGUGGUGUGGUGGCUAAUGCCAAUGGCAAUGGUGAAGAAGGAGUUGAACAAACUCCAACUGAAGUAUCUCCCUUGUUAAGUACCACCAAUGACGUAAAUAUCACUUCAAACAUAAAGGAUAAUCAAGAGAAUGGAGUGUUCACAUAUACAGGUAACAACCGCCACCCUCAUCAUGAUCACGACGAUGACGAUGAUGAUGAUACACAAAGUGUACUUGUCAAAAUGGCCAAACGUCCAUUUUGGUGGUUUUGUAUCCUUGGUAUACUAGCAUUUAUAGUAUUUGAAUUAUCAUUCUUACCUCGAACUUCCACUAGUAGAGAUUAUAGAAGAUGGUAUGGGUUGAAAUUAACUAAAUCAGAUGUUAAACGUCAUUUUUUAUUAUUCCUGGGUAUUGGUGAAAGUCAUAAUUCCAUCACAACCGAACAAUAUAUCAAUAAUUGGUUAACUAAUUUCACUGAGAUAAAUCAACAACAAUCAAGUAAUUUAAUAAGUGAUGAAAAUAUCGCUUUGACUUCAUUUGUAGAGAAGAACUUUAAACAAUUUGGAUUCAAAGUUCAAAGUUUGAAUUAUGACUUACCUUCUACAUUUGAAAAGUCAAUUGAUUCAAAAUUACAAUUGAUUGAUAAUAAAGGUCAAUUAAUCUAUAAUGCCAAUUUAAUCGAAUCAAAGAAUUUAAAAACUCCAAGUUACUACAUUUGGGGACAUAAUGGAUCUAUCAAACAAGAUUAUUUGUUUGUCAAUGAAGGUCUCUUACAAGAUUAUGUAUUACUUAAAUCUCAAAAUAUUGUCCUUGAUAAUAAGAUUGUGAUAGUUAAGACAAACUGGGAAAAUUCAAGUACUAUCUCGAUAUCAGAAAAGAUUCAAAUUGCAAAGUCAUUUAACGUAGGUGGAUUCAUUAAUUAUUAUGAUUUUAAUUCAAUUACCAAAAAUAAUAAAGAAAUUGAAAUUAAAAAGUUAAAUCAAAUUAUAUCCAGAGAUAAUGGAGCAAAAUUCACCGAUAUAAAUUCAAAUCAAGUAGAGUUCAAUUGGGAAAAACCAGAUAUCCCCGCUAUUCCCAUCAGUUUCAAAUCUAUUAAACCAAUCUUAGAUACAUUGAGUAAUGAAAAGAAAGAUUCAAGUGUGUUCUCUCAAUGGGAUUAUUAUCCUGUCAAUUUCGAUAAUUCGAUUAAAUUACAAUUACAAACCAAUUUCAAACCAUUAUCUUCAUCAGCAUCAUCUCAUUCAAAUCCAAAAUUAACCAAUAUCAUCGCAUCAAUAGAUGGUAUUUUAAAUGAUGGUGAUAUUGUCAUUGGAGCCAGACGUGAUUCUUCAACUUCAUCUAAUCCAUUAUCUAAUCAUGCCAUUUUAUUUGAAAUCAUGAGAAAUUAUCAAAGAUUAGUCAGUAUCGGUUGGAAGCCAUUAAGAAAUAUCAAAUUUAUUUCAUGGGAUGGUAGUAAUAGUGGAUUAUUAGGAUCUUAUUUAUAUACCAAUGAUACUGAACAUUUUAACAACAAAAAAUCAAUCUUGGCUUAUAUCAAUAUCGAUGGUGAUGCGGUCACAGGAAGUAAAUUCCAUAUUGACUCUCAUCCAUUCUUCAAUCAUGUAUUAAAGAAGACCUCAAAGUUUAUUCCUAUUCCUAAAACUGCCACUGCUUUUAAAACAUUAGCUGAUGAAUUUGAUCCAUUUUAUGAUAUUAAUAGUAUAGAAGAUGACGAAGAUGAUUAUGAUGAUGAUGAAGACGAUGAUAAUGAAAUUGACAAUGAUGAAGAUGAUUACAGCACGUUACAUCAUUAUUGGUCUAAGCAAGAUAAUAAAACCAUCAAUGGUGUGUUGGGACAAGAUUUGAUUAAAUCUGAUGCAUUAAUCUUUCAAAAUCAUUUGAAUACUCCUAUUAUCAACGUUAGAUUUGAAAAUGAUCCAAAACGUGAUUCAUCCUUACAUAUUCCUAAUUCCAAUUAUUAUUCUUAUGAUUGGUUGGUUAAACGUCAAAUCGAUGAAGACUUAUUAUUACAUGGACUGUUGAUUAGAUAUAUUGGAUUAUUGGCCAUUACUUUGAGUGAACAUGAAGUGGUUGAUUAUAGAACCAGAUAUUAUGCCAAAACUAUUGGUGAUUCGUUUGAAGUAUUUCUUCAAUAUAAUAAACAAGCAUUAGAUGGUUGGUCAAAUAGAAAUGUUUCAACUUAUUUAAUUAGCAAAUCUAAUAUUUUUAAGGAUUUUAAAAAUCAAUUUGAUGCUGAUGUCGACACCAUUACGUUUAAUGAUUUAAUAUUUCAAUUCCAAUCCUUAUUAACUGAUUUAUUUGAAUAUUCAUUUAAAUUCGAUACUAAUAGUAAAGCACUUCAAAAUGAUUUAACUAAAGAUUAUCCAUGGUAUAGAUUCUACAAGAAAGUUCAAACCUUCGCCUCAUUCAAAGUAUUCAAUCAUAUCUUAUUACAUUUAGAAAGAAAUGGUCAAAUGACCAAUAAUGAAUAUCAAUAUCUUAAUUUAUCCCAUGAAUAUUAUUUCCAACAUGCAUUCUAUGGUGUACCCAAAUUCAACGCUAGUACUUCUUCAUUAGAAUAUCUCAAAUCAAGAUCGAAAUUAAGUACUUUCACUCAUCUUCAUGAGUCGGUCUUAGAUAAUGAUUUCGAAGCCACUAUCAAAUGGUUGGUGGUUAUUUAUGAUAAGUUAAAAUUUUAAUUAAGACUUGCUUCAGAGAAAAGCAGUCUACCAAAAAUACAGUAUUUUCAAUUCAAUUCCUUUUAGUUUAGUUCAGUUAUAAGUUCCCUUUUCUUUCAUUUCAUUUAAUUUCGAAUAAUUUCACUUUCAACUGAAUCAUUCUGUAUU